UCUCUUUUUUUACGUGCAAUGUCAGCUUCAACUUCAGCUUCCAAUCUACUUUUACUAUUGAGAAGUGAGUUAGAUGACAACAGCGCACACAGUGAGUGUUGGGUGUUUAACUUGUCACCCACGUUCCACCUUCCCGCAUUCACCAUUGAUGCAGGUAGACCCUGAUAUCACCUGCAAAGGCAUAAAAAUGCCUUUGAGUCAUUUUGUUUUAUUCAAAUUGCUGAUGUAGCAUUGCGACGCUCGGAUUAUAUUGAGCAUAAUGCCCAUUUGAUUGCUUGCAAACACACACACACACACACACACACACUCACACACACACUUCGCCAUGGACUGGUUGCCAUGCCGAUUCAGUGUCACAUUGCCUUCUGUACCUCGGCAUAGUCUCAUUAUUAGUUGGUGUUGUCACUCAAGGGAUAUUUCAAGCGUUUGAUCUCUGUUUUCCUUCCUUAAGCCCCAAUCUUCUUCAACAGUGGUCCUACCCUAACCCCAGAUAGAUAUAUAUAUACAGUAGUGACAGUACAGUACAUGGAUAAAGUAAAUAUCGUUGCCUUCGGGCGCAAACCUUGUAUUUCCAAAUAUGGUCAAUGUAUAUUUUUUCACGCGUUGAUAUGGAGGGGGAGAAAUUGUGAACACUAUUUAGGCGCCCCAAGCUUCUUGGAGGUCCCUGUUGGGACAAACCGGUUAUAAACUAUUUGUUUUCCAAAGGUUUAAUAGCUGUCAACACCUCCCAUCCCCGUCAAACAAGGUGCCAGGGGUGCCCCCAGUGCUAGGAUCUAAUGCAGGGGUCAGCAACCUUUUUGAAACUUCGUGCUGAUUAUUUAUGGGGAUUUUGGUCUCACGCCCCUGCCCACUGUAAACAUCAUUUUUGUUCUAUCCAUCCACCACGGCUUUAAUCUCAAUGACCGGAGGCACCAAUAAUUGGCACCCAAUAUAGUGGCGCCUGUGUCUUUAAGAGAGAAAGUAUAAUGUUUAAUGUGGAAGUGGAGGAGAGCCAGUGAGAGAGGAACGUGUGAAUUUAUCAACAUUUGUGCUUCCUUUCGCAAGCUGUGUGCCGAGGCUCCGUGCACCGGCAUGCACCCUCUCCCAAAGCUUCUGAAGAGCACAUCCCCUCUCUCUCUCUCUCUCUCUCUCUCUCUCUCUCUCUCUCUCUCCCUCUCUCUCUCUCUCUCUCUCUCUCUCUUUCUCGCUCUCUCUCUUCCCAUCUCCCCCCCACCUCCCACCAGGGCGCUCCCUUACACACACCCAUACACGCACUUACACAUUCACACACACACAAACAUACACCGCCGGCGCUACCCGCCGGCGCUGGACCGCGGCCAUCUCGCCACAGGGUAAGGAGUCCGAGCGAGGGCGAAGGGACAAAAGGGAAACAAAGCGGGAGUGGAGCGUGUGGAAGCCGGAGCCUGGCGCGAGGCGCAGGAGCGACCUUUACGUGGAGUGAAAAAGGAGGCGGGAACAAGGAAAGGGGAAAGGCGAUCACUGUCACGGCUGCAGUGUUCCUUGACGCAGCAUGGGCAAUGCACCAUCCCAAGCACAUGCCAGCAGGGCCUGUUAUCCCAAACAAGACCCAGAGCGCGGCGCCACUCACAUGAUCUCCACAGAUGACCUGGAGUACCCGCGGGAGUAUCGGACGCUGGGCAACAGCGGCCGGCGCUUCUCCAAUGUGGGCCUAGUGCACACGUCGGAGCACCGGCACACGGUGACGGCGGCGCAGAGCCUGGAGGCGCUGACCAACCUACACAAGGCCGACAUGGAGCGCAAGCGAGAUGCCUUCAUGGACCACCUGAAGAGCAAGUACCAGCAGCAACAGCAGUUGCAGCAUCAGCACCACAACCCGCCGUCACCCUCGCAGUCGCACGCCAGCAUGAGGGGAGGCUCAGAGAGGGCCGCGCGAGAACAGCAACAACCCAACUACUGGAGCUUUAAGAGCCGCAGCCCUCGCCAUUCCCAGUCCACCCAGUCGGGGCUGGCCGACCAAGCCACCAAGCUGUCCUUCGCCUCCGCCGAAUCCCUGGAGACCAUGUCCGAGGCCGACGUGCCCAUCGGCUUCAACAGGAUGAACCGCUUCCGCCAAAGCUUGCCCUUGUCGCGCUCCGCCAGUCAGAAUAAGCUACGGUCUCCAGAUGAAUAUGCAGGCGUGCUCUUCCUGCAGUACGGCGACGAGACGCGGCGUGUGCACAUCACCCACGAGCUGAGCAGCCUGGACACGCUGCACGCCCUCAUCGUGCACAUGUUCCCGCAGAAGCUGACGGCGGGCAUGCUCAAGUCGCCCAACACGGCCGUACUGAUCAAGGACGAGGCGCGCAACGUCUUCUACGAGCUGGAGGACGUACGCGACAUCCAGGACCGCAGCGUCAUCAAGAUCUACCGCAAGGAGCCCGUCUACGCCUCCUACCCGGCCGCCGUCCACCUGGCCAACGGGGACCUGCGGAGGGAGAUGGUGUACUCAUCCCGUGACUCUUCCCCGACCCGCCGCCUGAACACUCUCCCCUCGUCGUCGGGCUCCUCGGGCUCGCCGUCCCGCUCGCGCCUCUCCUACAGCGGCGGCCGCCCGCCUUCCUUUGCCGGGUCCCACGAGCAGGCCCGCCACCCUCAACACGCCGCGUUGGCGGCCGCCCACGUGGCCAGCGCGGCCCUCUCGCCCUCACCCAGCGCCAUCCUGGAGCGGCGGGACGUCAAGCCCGACGAGGAGGUCUCGGCGAAGAACUUGGCUCUGAUGAAGAAUGAGUCUCUCUACGCCGACCCCUACAGCUUGAUGCACGAGGGCCGCCUCAGCAUUGCCUCCACGCAAUCCCUGGCGACCAUCGGAGACCCUUUCGGUUUCCCCGUGUCCUCGGGCUUGUACCGCCGCGGGUCUGUGCGCUCCCUCAGCACGUAUUCCGCCGCCGCCCUGCAGGGGGAGCUGGACGAUUCUCUCUACAAGCCCGGCGGGUCCUUAUACUCCGACACGUACUCAGCCACACUGGGCAUGGGCUUCCGCAUGCCACCGUCGUCCCCGCAGAAGAUCCCCGACAUGCACUUGCGGGACAGAGACUCGUACUCGGGCUCGCCCAACCGGGCUUCGCCCGUCAGGCAAAACUUUCGCAAGGACUCGACGUCCUCCGUGUUCAUGGACAGUCCCAAAUCCAGACCCGGUUCUGGCUCUGAGCCUCUCUGUCUCACAGCUGGACCCGGGGAGGGAGGCAGGGCCACGCCCGGCUUUGGGUCAUCGCUGUCCGGACCGGAUGCUGAUGCGAGCAGGGAUCACCGUCUCGAGCGCAUGGAGGCCAUGGAAAAGCAGAUCGCCAGUCUGACCGGCCUGGUCCAGAGCGUCCUGACCAGAGCGCCCGACAGCGACAGCACAUGCGGCUUGCUGCGCCUCUGCAUGAUGGCGGGCUGCCCUCCGGACCAGGGAUCCGACUUCUCACGGACAUUACCUUUCUCUUCCAGCGACAAGACUGACACCAACAGCGAUGGUUCUGCCACCGGAACAGGACGGCAAAAGAAGAAAGCUCACACGCCGUCGGCCCCGCUGGCCCUGAUGCCGCCACCGCCGUCCAACUCGACGCCGCUGAACAACGUCAGCCGCCUGCAGAUGCAGCUGCACCUUCACGGGCUGCAGCAGAACGCCAACGACCUGCGCAAGCAGCUCGGACAGUUGCGCAAGACGCAGCUCGAGAACCAGGACUCCAUGCGCACGCUGCUGAAGCGUACCGAGGCCGAGCUGAACGUACGUGUGGCCGACGCCCUCCGCAAGCAGGAGGACCCCCUGCAAAGGCAGCGCCUCCUGGUGGAGGAGGAGAGGCUCAAGUACCUCAAUGAGGAGGAGCUCAUCAUCCAGCAGCUACAUGACCUGGAGAAGUCGGUGGAGGACAUCCAGAAGGAGUCGUCCGUCAACCACAAGCUGGUGAGCGUGCAGGAGCUGGAGGAGAAGACGGCCGUCCUCCGAAAGUUGGGCGAGACGCUCACCGAGCUCAAGAACCAGUUCCCCGGCCUUCAGAGCAAGAUGCGGGUGGUGCUCCGGGUCGAAGUGGAGGCCGUCAAGUUCCUAAAGGAGGAGCCGCACAGGCUGGACGCCCUGCUGAAACGAUGCAAGACCAUCACGGAUACCCUCAAUGCCAUGCGCAAGCAAGCCACUGAAGGCGUGUGGAAGAAACACGAGGACUUCUCAUCGUCCAAGCACAACGAGGAUAUGAGGAAGUUCCCGGAUUUUGACCUCCCCACCAGCCCGCCCCUCACCAUCAACGACCUCGGGGGAGGAAACAGCCUGUCCAACUGGAGCCCGCACACCAGCCUCGCCCGCCGCCACCAUGGGAACCCGGCAGGACAGCAUAAGGACAAUCAUCCGCCCGUCCCUCACAAGGGCAAGGCCCUGGAGGAGCUGGAACGCCGCAAUGCCGCCGAUAAGGCGUUGUCUGUCGAGGUUCGCCUGGCUGCCGAGCGGGACUGGGAGGAGAAGCGGGCCAGCCUGACCCAGUACAGCGCUCAGGACAUCAACCGACUGCUGGAGGAGACGCAGGCCGAGCUCAUGAAGGCCAUACCCGACCUGGACUUUGCCGCCAAGCAGAUCAAACCCUCCUCCAGUACAACGUCCUCACAGGCGCCCCAGAGCGGAACGGCCACGCCCGAACACCGCACCGUCAACAACAAGCCCCUGCAGAAGAAGGAAAGCGGAUCCAGACUAGGAUCUGAUGAGCUGACGGUGCCCCGCUACCGCACAGAGAAACCCUCCAAGUCCCCUCCGCCGCCUCCACCCAGACGCAGCUUCCCUUCUUCUCCGGGCUUGAUCACCCGCAGCGGGGAGCCCCUCAUUCCCGGGAAGAGCGUCAAGAAGUCCGACUCCGAGGAGGCGGAGAGCCAGAAGCCUCACGUGAAGUUAAGGAGGACGGUGUCGGAAAACCCUCGUCCGGCAUCCACGCCGCCAACGCUGUCCGGAGACAAGGCGGCUGCGGAGCAGGAGAAAAGUUCUGCCCAGUCAGAGGGCAGACCUUUGUGUUACGUUCCACACAUCACGUUGAGCCGGUGUCCCGUCCGAGAUGCGCCCCGUUGUUCCGCGACACCGAGCGCUUCACCUCGUCAGCGCGAGCCGGAGUUGCGGCGUUCCCCGGAGGAAGACGUCAAACAGGAAGUGACUUUGCUCCUGAGCGAGUCGGAGAUCAGGGCACUUUCGCCUUUCGAGGCCCAGGAGCUGAGCGGCGCCAUGGGAGUCAUUUUGCAAACGCGCACCAUCUCCAAGCACACCGCGGCGCUCUCGGAGGCGCAGUUGAGUGAGCGGCCUCUGCUGCUUCUUUUCAGAGAGGAGGCCGCGCUCAAGGAGGCCUACGGGCUCCUGCUUUCGAUUUUGGAGGCAUUGCCGCUGCAGCCCAAACCCAGAAAAAGAUCCUCCCCCGGUCAGCAGAGCUCCCUGGUGAUGGCUCUGAGGAGAGGGAUAGAAACGGGGGACAUGGUUCUAAAACUCCAACCGAGCCCCGACAGUAAGAGUCCCGAUGCAGAUGCAAGUCUUUCUACAUCAGACCCGGCCUCCGUACAGUCCAAAUCAGGAGAAAACCUCUGCCAGACGACCUACAAGAGGCUGGACAGUUUGGAGGAGACCAUUCGAGAGUUGGAGAACACGUUACAGGAGUUCAGCGGCGGUUCCCGUGCCGAGGUUGUUGACGCCAAAACGAGCGAGAAACCGCCGGUCCCACCCAAGCCCUCAACAUCGAGACAGGGAGGGAACAGCGCCCUGUGCAAGGUCCCGCCAACUCCGGCCUCCAAGUUGAAGCAGCUGCAACAGCAGAAUAGCACAGACAAGUUCAAAGGUGGCAAGAGGGAGGACUUCCUGAAGACCCAGCAACAGGGAGCCGCGGGCGUUGAGUCGGGGAUCCGCCGCAGGAGGGCGGAGGGCCCCACGCUGAGGGCGUCGCCCGGCCAGGCCAAGGCACUGCUGGCCAGCCUGUCGGCCGCCGGCCUAAGCGCCGAGGCCCUGCUGCUGUCUUCCGCCCUGCGACAGCACCGCCUCCUCCGCGAACAGCAGCAGCAGCUACGGGCGGCGGCGUCCGCGUCCUCCCUGCCCUCGCCCAACAGUCGCUCGCCCUCGCCCGCCUCCUCCUCAUCGCAGACGCCCACCGCCACCUUGUCCUCGUCCUCCUCUCCCACCACGCCCGUCCUGUCGCCCUGCUCGCCUACGUCGCUCAAGGCUAGUCUGGAGGGCCUCAGCAAGAAUACACGGUAACAGUGAAAGUGUCCCACGUGGACCAAUCUCAUGUUGUUCUGGAGGUCCAUGAAGGGAAUUCUCCCUCCAAAGCACAAACUGGACCUUCCUGGUGAUCCCACCUGGUAUAAGCUGAUCCUGUUUUAAAACGUAGAGUUGCAAUAAUCGUCACCACGUGAGUCCACUCUGUAUGCACGUGCAUUUCAGUGAAAUGGAAUAUGGUGGAAAUCAAGCUGAAACUGCUUUUGAAUGCUUAUUGGGAUCAAUUACAUCUUUAUCCGUAUUCUAAUAUUAUGUAAAGAAACAAUGAAAUAAACAAAAUAUAGAUUAAGUAUAGAAAUUAAGGAAGCAUUAGAAGAAAUAGUUUCCGGUGUUUUUAAGGAAUCUGUAUCGUACAGAACAGGGAUGGGCAACGAGUAGUAAAAAUUUAAGAAAACUGUUUUAUUUUUAAUUUUUUACAAACCCAAAUGAAUCUCAUUCACUCCCAAAGACGUUUUUAAACGUCUUUUCAGACUUGGUCCAGAAAUGGUUGGUACUGAAUGAGUUUUAAUAUGAUUAUAAACAUUCAAUAUAUGUUUUCCAUUGAUUGGGGGGGUGAUGAUCAAUUAUAGGCAAAAACAAAAAUCUACAAGUGUGUGAAUACGCCAGUGGUCGACUGUAUAUAUUUUUUGCGGGUUUGAAAUUAUAAACAUUGUACCUCAGUGAUAUUAAAAUUUUGAGUGAGUGAGCUGUUUUUUUUUUUUUUUUUGUGGAAAAAAAUAGAAAAUUAGCACAUAAUGUUGGUUUCUUGUGAAGCAGGUUUUGCUGACCUUGAAUGGUAAUUUUUCACCCCAUUGGUUGGGUUAGGAUCGAAAACUGCAUUCUUCAAAAUGAAAUGUAUUACAGCACAUAUUUUGCACAUAUGCACAUAUUUUGUCCAUUUUUAAACUAGCAUUUUUGUCAUCCAUCUGCUUAGGAAGUGCGUGAUCUCAUGUGCCCCCCUCCCCCCCCCAGUAGCACUGAUGAAAAAAGUUUUAUCUUGCCCAUCCCUGAUAUAGAGUUUUACUUCAUGAAUUAGCCCGAGCUUUUCUACCAUAUUCAAAUUUAUUGACGUGCGUGUGUGUUUGUGUGUAAGCGUGUGCCAUGGUAAAGCUACCUGGUGUUUUAAUUCAAGCCGAAGUGGUGUUGUUUACAUGAUCCUCUGACGGACAAAAGUAGUUUAAAAAAAACAAA